ACAUCUCUUUAUAUAUUAAACAUUUUUUAUCUAAUUUUCCAAUGUAGGACUUAGUUUGUUAUCUCACAUUCUUCUCCUUCAAACUAAGGACUACACUCAUCUUGUGUCCGAUAACUGAUUUCCAAAAUUUCUUUGACUUGAUCUCUGCCACACACACCUCUCAUUUCUAAUUCGAAGGGUACCCUUCCUACUCGAAGAGUAUUUUGAUCUUUUUACAGAUUUCUCGUCAAUCUAGUACUUUGAUACUUCUCCAAUGUGGGAUUUAAUUUAUUAUUUCCAUUUUGCAGAAAAAGUGUGUUCCAUGGCAUGAUCAAUGCGUACCUGAAUCACUCGUCCCCGGUUUCUCAUCACAUACAUGGCGCUUUGAUACUCUUUGAGGCAAUUUUUGGACCUGAUACAAAAAUUAUAAUUCUUUUUGGUAGAUGAAACAAUGAUUAGGCCAUUCAUUACAGAUUUACAGUUUGUGAUUAGGGCAUAUCUCUUGAGAUUUGGGGUAAGAAAACAAAAUAAGGAAAUGUUAUAUCUGUGAAUUGAGUAUAUAUUUACUUUUUCGUUGUUCAUCAUUUCCGUCUAUUAUAUAAUUUUCUUAGCACAAAUCUCUUGCAAAACUAUAAUAUUAAUCUGGAAGGAUAUGGGCAGUCAGUGUAGUGUUAAGACUUAAGACAUGCACAUAGUAUAAAAUGAUUUAAAAAGAAUAAAGAGAUUCAUAAAACACCUUGCAAGUAAUACUGUAAAUCUAAUACUAGAAAUGAAAUCUUAGAUACAUUGACCAACCAAAUAUAAGCAAUUAAUGAGUAAAAUUGUAUAGAUAUAUACUAACUAUACUGUUGUUUAUUUGGUAAUUGUGUUUCCAUAUUCUUAUGAAAUCUAGGACUAUAUCUUUACUAAUUAAGGCUGCAAUAGACUUAAAGCAUAAGCAACGACUAUAUAAAUCUGACUGACUCCUUUCUCAUUCAAGAAACACACAAAAAUCACAAUAACAAUGACGUUUGCUCUUCGGUAUUUUGUUGUCUUUCUUCUUCUGUCUAUGGUCACUCAAGGACUGUGCGGCUGCUCUUUCGCUGACAUCCAGAUCGGAGGGGCGAGGACGGGGAGAGUAAUCUCCGGAGAACCAGAGUGGAAAAUAUCGGUGAUCAACACGUGCUCCCAACCUCAGUUGCACGUGACUCUCUCUUGCGGAGGUUUUGCUCCCAUGAAACCUGUUGAACCAUGGCUACUGCUCCCAAGAGGAAACACAUGUCUUCUGAUUAACGGAAACGCUAUAGCAGCUGGCGGCACCGCUCAGUUUACUUAUGCCGGCGAGCCUUACUUCUUCAAACCCGUAAGCUCCAGGGUCGGCUAAAGUUUCAGCCAUUAAUUUCUGUAACAAGAAACAUGUCUAUGAUCCUAUGAACAAGGCUAUUAGGUUUCUUGUCUCUCAAGCAAGAUGAGUUUUCUUUUUUUUUUUCCCAAUAAAAUUGAUGGGAGCAUCUUUUUGUAAAAUUUGACAAACUGAAAGGCCUAAAAAUACUUAUUGGGCCUAGAUAAACUUACUUAUUGGGCCUA